AUGGAUUCCAAACAUCGCUGUGUGGAACUCAAUGAUGGGCACGUCAUUCCUGUUCUGGGCUUUGGCACCUAUGCAUCUGAAACGGUUCCCAAGAGAAUGAUUACAGACUGCACCAAAUUAGCUAUAGAUGCUGGGUUCCGCCAUAUUGAUGCUGCUUAUUUGUACCAAAAUGAGGAGGAGGUAGGACUGGCCAUUCAAAGCAAGAUUGCAGAUGGCACGGUGAAGAGAGAAGACAUAUUCCUCACUUCAAAGCUGUGGUCUACUUGCCAUCGACAAGAGCUGGUUCAACCUAGCUUGGAAAGAUCACUGAAAAAACUGAAUUUGGAUUAUGUUGACCUCUAUCUUAUUCAUUUCCCAGUGUCUCUAAGGCCAGGGGAUGAGAUGUAUCCAACAGAUGAACAUGGAAAAUUAAUACUUGACACAGUGGACCUCUGUGCCACCUGGGAGGUCAUGGAGGAGUGUAAGGAUGCAGGAUUGGCUAAAUCCAUUGGGGUGUCCAAUUUUAACCGCAGGCAGCUGGAGAUUAUCCUGAACAAGCCAGGGCUCAAGUAUAAGCCUGUUUGCAACCAGGUUGAAUGUCAUCCUUAUCUCAACCAGAGCAAACUGCUAUCUUUCUGCAAGUCAAAAGACAUUGUGCUGGUUGCCUAUGGUGCGCUAGGAACUCAACGAUAUAAACAUUGUGUUGACAAGAACACACCAGUUCUCUUGGAUGAUCCAGUUCUUUGUGACAUGGCAAAAAAGCACAAGAAAACUCCAGCCCUAAUUGCCCUUCGCUACCAGCUGCAGCGUGGAAUUGUGGUCCUGGCCAAGAGUUUCACAGAACAUCGGAUCAAAGAGAACAUGCAGGUUUUUGAAUUCCAGCUACCUACAGAGGACAUGAAAGUCCUAGAUGGCCUGAACAGAAAUUUGCGGUACUUUGCUGGCUUUAUGUUUGAAGGCCACCCUAAUUAUCCAUUUUAUGAUGAAUAUUAG